AUGCAAUUGCUGACAUGGGCUGUUCUAUCAUGGACAGCGCAAGCAAUGCGGCAAGACCACCUUGGGCGGUUGCGUCAAGAAACUGUGGACAUGUUCUAUCAUGGCUUCAACAACUACAUGAAGCAUGCGUUCCCCGAAGAUGAGCUCCGACCUCUGACAUGCCAACCCCUAACACGAGAUCGAGAAAAUCCCGCCCAUAUUGGGUUGAACGACGCCUUGGGGAACUAUUCCCUUACGCUCAUCGAUAGCUUAUCGACACUCGCGAUCCUCGCUAGCGGACCCGAAGAUGAUUCAGGAACAGGCUCGAAAGCGCUGAGCGACUUCCAGGACGGUGUAGCGGACUUUGUACGAUACUACGGCGAUGGGCGCCCAGGCGUUUCGGGCCAAGGCAUACGGGCGAUUGGGUUUGACCUCGAUAGCAAGGUUCAGGUCUUCGAAACUGUCAUUCGUGGCUUAGGGGGUCUUCUCAGUUCACAUCUAUUUGCUAUAGGAGAGCUGCCUAUCGCGGGAUAUGUCGUGCAGCCUGCUUGGACAACCAAAGCCGACGAUCCUCUUGAAUUGGCACCCAUCGCAUGGCCGAAUGGUUUCAACUACGAUGGUCAGCUUCUGAGACUUGCCCUCGAUCUUGGGCAAAGGCUUCUCCCUGCUUUCUAUACGGAUACAGGUAUACCGUACCCACGAGUGAACCUCCGGUAUGGUAUUCCUUUCUACACCAAUUCUCCUCUAUUUCGCCAAAUGGGCGAGAACAAACCAGAAACUUCCUCGGUAGAAAUCACGGAGACAUGCAGUGCCGGAGCUGGAAGUCUCACUCUUGAGUUUACUGUCUUGAGUCGACUUUCAGGGGAUGAUCGGUUCGAACAAGUAGCUAAGCGGGCCUUUUGGGCGGUUUGGGGCAGAAGGAGUGAGAUUGGACUUGUUGGCAACGGUUUGGAUGCGGAAGGCGGGCAAUGGAUUGGCCCGCAUGCCGGAAUCGGCGCCGGUAUGGAUAGCUUCUUCGAAUAUGCUUUGAAGAGCCAUAUCCUGCUGUCAGGACACGACAUGCCAAACAAAACAUCAUCCAAUCGACGGGGUAGUACCGGAUGGCAUGACCCCAAUACCAUGCAUCCUCCUCUUCCCGCCGAAUUACAAAGCUCUGAGGCAUUCCUGGAUGCAUGGCAUCAAGCCCAUGCCUCGGUGAAGCGAUAUCUGUAUACCGACAGAAGUCAUUACCCUUACUAUUCCAAUAUUCAUCGGACAACCGGCCAACCCUACACCAUGUGGAUUGACAGUCUAGGGGCUUUUUACCCUGGCCUUCUGGCCAUGGCGGGCGAAGUCGAGGAAGCUAUAGAAGCUAAUCUUGUUUAUACUGCUCUCUGGACACGAUACUCUGCAUUGCCUGAGCGAUGGUCUGUUCGUGAGAACAAUGUUGACCAGGGGCUUGGCUGGUGGCCAGGUCGCCCUGAGUUCAUAGAGUCAACAUACUAUAUAUACCGUGCCACACAGGACCCAUGGUACUUGCAUGUUGGCGAGAUGGUUUUGAGAGACAUUGAACGACGAUGCCGUACACACUGUGGUUGGGCUGGUAUACAAGAUGUCAGAACAGGAGAACUGUCUGAUCGAAUGGAGAGCUUCUUUCUCGGCGAAACCACAAAGUAUAUGUAUCUGCUAUUUGACCCCGACCAUCCUCUCAACAAGGUUGAUGCUGCAUACGUGUUUUCAACAGAGGGCCAUCCACUUAUCAUUCCUAAGCGGAAUCAACCCAAGCCUAUAUUGCGGCGUUCCGUGGCAAAGCGCCAGGCCUCCAGGAACAAUAUGGACGAUGAUAGCUUCACCCACUCAUGUCCGGUCCCCACGGUAGCAGGACUUACUGGCUCGGCCACAGCUGCCCGCCCUGAUCUUUUCAGCGUCGCAUUGUUUGUCGAUUUGCAUAACACCCCCAACGUCCACGGCCCUCUCAAGGCUGUCGAGGUUGUUGACAAGAAGAGGGGUCUGGUAAUAAAAUACAAAGCGACAACAAAUUACACAAUGUUUCCCUGGACAUUACCUCCAACAAUGUUGCCGCAAGAUGGCAUAUGCACCGCGCCCGCUGAGCGAGUCGUGGCAUGGAUAGAGUUCCCGCCCGGUGACACAGCCAGCUCACUCGUUUCUCGCUUUGGGACUUCUCUCGUGUGGUACAGUUACAACGGGCCGACCGUCCGCAACCUUGACGGCAUGCGACUCCAAUUAGAGCGACAACAAGGCAGCGGGUCAACAGGUCGUCUCUGGAGAAUCACGCAUGCAGCAGGCAGAGAGCUUGGCAAACAUGAGAAUGUCUUUUUCCAUGCAGAACAUGUAAGAAAUUACAAGGACGAAGCUUUUACUUGCAUUCGACGAAAAGAUAUAGUUGAGAUCGACCUACUUCUUGACGCUCCCGAGAAACUGAAUGCCAGUGCACCAGCCCCUGCUCAGAGUGUAAAUGCAUCAGGUGAAAUUCUUGCGAGUCACGCGGCUCUCCCGUCGGAAUCUCUUUUCAAAUCACUACUCCGUGCCGUGAGCUCCGUCUUUGAACCGGCCUACACCGAUAUUCCUGAGUCCGAAGGGGGCGGUCCCGGCCCCAUUACUCUCCGUUGGUCGGCAUACACGGCGACCGGACCGGGUGCCUUCCCGAUGCCGCCAAUCGUUGACACGCCGAUGGCCGGUUCGCCAAGCUAUAACUCCCGCAAACCUGCCACUAACUUUCCUUGGCGAACUACCUUCCUUGGUGGCCAUGCCUGUGAUGCUCCGCUGCCCGAGUCGUCAUCUCGACAACAUCAAAUUAUAGUUCUCCGUCGCGGUGGCUGUUCAUUUAGCGAAAAGUUGGAGCGUAUUCCUAACUUCUCGUCAUCACCUCACUCUUUGCAACUUGUCAUUGUUAUUGACGAGGAAGAUGAUCCAGAAGAAGGUGCCGACGAGAUUGUACGUCCUCUUUUGACGGUAGCCCAGUUGACGCCCAGGGGCAUGGAGCGGCUCAACGGCGUGCCGCUUGUCCUUAUGCGUGGUGCCAAAGGCGAUUAUGCGCGUUUCGGCGAGGCUAAGGGUGUAGGAAUGCGGCGCAAGUACCUGGCAGAGAGUCAGGGGAUGCUCAUAGAGAACGCCAUUGUCUUAUAA